GGGGACUGGGAGGGUCCUUCACGCAGGGAUCACAAGGAAAACGACCUCUCUUUCGCCUGCCUCUGCACGGUACUUGUACACGCCCAGACGCGCCAGGGACUGUUAGGAGCUCAGGGCUGGAGAGGAGCUGAAAGAUAGCCGGGGAGGGGGACGAAUCAACCGCGAAUCGAUGGGCAGCACCCCGCAGCAGGAGGUGGCGCUUGCAGCGCUACCUGGUCCGUCCCCGCCGCCGCCGGCGGGCUCUGGCUCUGGCUCUGCUGAAACGGGACAAGAGAUGCGUCAGGCCCAUUCCAGCCCGGCCCACGAUAGGUCCAGUUCUCGCCUGCGAGGCCUAUCACCUAUGGCGAUGGAACGGGAAAAGCCCGUCAUUUUCUUGAUUAGGCCGAGUACCCUUACAAGUGUAUCCGGAGAAGGCUGGCAUGGCGGCCUCGUCAGCGACAGAUGUCACCGGCCGAAACCCUUGGGGAACUCUGAACCGGCAAGCGGCGCCUUACCAAUGGGCGAAGAGGGCGCGGAGUACGGGGGCCUUCCUGACAGCGCGGACACCGGCGCCGGCGCAUCACCGUCGCCUUCCAUCCGCAAGCUCUCAAUCAUCCCGCUCAUCUUCCUCAUCUUCUACGAGGUCUCGGGCGGGCCGUUCGGGAUCGAGGACACCGUGGGCGCGGCGGGGCCUCUCCUGGCCAUCGCGGGCUUCCUGCUCCUCCCCGUCAUCUGGAGCGUCCCGGAGGCGCUCAUCACGGCGGAGCUGGGCACCAUGUUCCCGGAGAACGGCGGGUUCGUCGUCUGGGUGGCCUCGGCGCUCGGCCCUUACUGGGGCUUCCAGCAGGGCUGGGUCAAGUGGCUGAGCGGCGUCAUCGACAACGCCCUCUACCCCGUCCUCUUCCUCGACUACCUCAAGUCCGCCGUCCCCGCGCUGGGCGGCGGCGCGCCGAGAGCGCUGGCCGUCGUUGGCCUGACGGCGCUGCUGACGCUGCUCAACUACCGGGGGCUCACUGUCGUCGGCUGGGUGGCCAUCUGCCUCGGGGUCUUCUCCCUCAUCCCUUUCCUUGUCAUGGGGCUCGUUUCCAUCCCCAAGCUCCGGCCGGCGAGGUGGCUCGCGGUCGACCUCCACGACGUCGACUGGAACUUAUACCUCAACACUCUGUUCUGGAACCUCAACUACUGGGACUCGAUCAGCACGCUGUCCGGGGAAGUCGAGAACCCAAGCAAGACGCUGCCCAAGGCGCUGUUCUACGCGGUCAUCCUCGUGGUCGUCGCGUACCUGUACCCUCUCCUCGCCGGGACCGGCGCGCUGCCGCUGGAAGACAAGGCGCAGUGGACCGACGGCUACUUCGCGGACGUCGCGAGGCUUCUGGGCGGCGCGUGGCUGAUGUGGUGGGUGCAGGCGGCGUCGGCGCUGUCUAACAUGGGCAUGUUCGUGGCGGAGAUGAGCAGCGACUCGUACCAGCUGCUGGGCAUGGCGGAGCGAGGGAUGCUCCCGGCAUUCUUCGCCAGGCGGUCGCGGCGGCACGGGACGCCGCUGGUGGGCAUCCUCUUCUCGGCCUCCGGAGUGCUGCUGCUGUCGGCGAUGAGCUUCCAGGAGAUCGUGGCAGCCGAGAACUUCCUCUACUGCUUCGGGAUGAUCCUCGAGUUCCUGGCGUUCGUGCUGCUGCGGGUGAGGCGGCCCGACGCGCCGCGGCCGUACAGGGUGCCGCUGGGGACGGCCGGGUGCGUCGCCAUGCUGCUGCCCCCGACGGCGCUCAUCGUCGUGGUGCUCGCGCUGUCCACGCUCAAGGUGGCGCUGGUGAGCCUCGGUGCCGUGGCCAUCGGGCUCGUGCUGCAGCCGGCGCUGAGGUUCGUCGAGAAGAAGCGGUGGCUCAGGUUCUCCGUCAACCCGGACCUCCCGGACAUCGACGUGACACGCCAGCAGCCCGCCGCGCCGAACGAGCCUUUUGUUGCUUAGCGGCGCGAAACAAGUUUGGGACUUCUGUGUCGCGUGUCGUGGGAGAAAAUGAUUUGAAGCUUUCGGACGACGUGACAGGGCGAGUGACCGUCGUCCUAUAACAGUGCCACGGUGCUGUAUGUUUAAUGUGCGGAAACAAUUCCCCGCGUGUCAUUUCCGACGUAGUACGAGCCAUUUCUACUCAUGUACCAAUGCACUCCUUGCCGUUUCCCCGCGAUAAAAUGUGUGCUGCUCCUAGCAGGGGACUGCAGAGCAAGGUCGUCAUAUACAAAUAUUAGACCGAUAUUUGGUUUCAUAAUAAUCAAACUACUCCUAGUUGAUAUACUGUCGGUUCUAUUGGUUUA